CCAGUGCGGACGUCCGCGCGAAAAGUUCGCCAGCUGAGCAGGACGGCUACCGGCGCGGCGCGCGAGAGCAACACGCAGCAGCCGACAGCGACGCCGCACCGAGCGACGCGGAAACUGCGACUCGGCUCAGAGAAUAUGUCUCCCGAGCCGGACGAGGCGGUGCCCGCGGACGUCGGCGAAGUGAGCGCCAGCGCCAACGGCAGAGCGCAGGCGGCGUGUGCCGGCGCAGACGAGGAAGCAGAUGCUGACGCCUACCUGCGCCUGCUCCUGCGGGAGGGUAUCGACGUACCGGCGCACACGCAGGGUCCACCUCCAACGGAGCCGCCCCCGUGGCUGGACGAAGAGAAGUUCCGGCGUGGCCAGCGCUUCGCCACGGAGCACCUCUUCGGCCUGGCCUACUCCGAGAUGUUGUCGCUCAUCAUCCUCUUCUCCUUCCCGUCGUCGCUGGAGCCGCUCAUCUUCACUGGGAACUCCGACACGCCCUUUAAGGCGUUCAAGCGCUACCUCUCGACAGGCUUCAGGGUCCUGGCGUGGUUCGAGGGCGACGUUUGGGGCGGCGGGGGCGGCGGCGAGGCCCGGCGGCAGGUGGGGACUGUGCGCGCCAUGCACGAGGCGGUGCAGCGACGCCUAGGGGCGACGCCGGCGCCGCAGCGCGAGCGCCGCAGCCACGUGGCCGGCCCGCUGUGGGCGCCGCUCACCGCCGCCGGCACGCUGGGGGGCGGCGGGGGCGGCGGGGGCGGCUGCCCCUGCCUGAGGGCCGGCGUCGACGUCAACCAGACGGAGAUGGCGCUGACGCAGUUUGGCUUCGUGGGCCUGAUGCUGUUGCAUCCGGACCGGCUGGGUGCGCCAGAUGCGAGUGAACGAGACCUGGAGGGCUUCGCGCACAUGUGGCGCGGCCUGGGCUACCUUCUGGGCAUCGAGGAUCGCUUCAACCUGUGCUCCGGCGACCUCAACAGUGUCCGCCGCCGCUGCCAGCUGGUGGUGGAGCGCCUGGUGGCGCCGAGCAUGGAGCGCGUGACGGCAGAGUGGGAGCACAUGUCGCGCUGCAUGGUGGCAGGCGUGGCGCUGUACGUGCCUGGGCCCCCGUUCUCAGUGUCUCUGUGCUACCUGCUGGGGGACCUGCUGGCUCUGCGCGAGCCCGCGGCCCGCCUGCGCGCCGCGCUGUGUCUGGGCGACCGCGUCACGCUACUCUUCGUGGGUGGCCUGCUGCGCUGGUUGUUGCGCUUCGCGCCGCUGCGCAGGCUCUACAACUGGCUGCUGAGGCUCGCCAUGAAGCGCGCGCGUCACGCGCCACAGCACUGGCUCAGCGCAGCCGAGACGCGCCGUUACCCGUACCAGCAGCCGGCCAUCACGCAGCUGUAGUUCGCCGCUCCACCGCUGGCUGGCGCCGGCUCCGCCGCACGACGCCUCGCCGGGAAACGAACACAACUGACCGUGUGCCCGCGCGGAUGUCAGAGGCACCGAAGUAGUAGUACGGCGUUAUUGGCCGAGACUUCCCGAGGGGCAGCUCAGCUGCCUAAUUAAAAAGAUUUUAUUUUCUGAAUGAAUCUUUCACUCUGCAAUGAAGUGUGCUCAGUUUUGAAACUUCGUACAUUCAAACGGCCAUUUGGAUUGGGACUCGAAUCUGGAAUUUCGUGUUUCACCAGCAAGCAGCAGACGGGUACUUUCAGGACAGAUUUCAGGCUGUGAUGGUGGGUCGUGAGUAGUGUAUCCAGAUCCAGUUUGCGGAUAAUCAGGACAUAGGAGGUGACUUUUCUGCAGCAUGGGUGGGUGGGCUGUCCGGGACCCCUACGUUUGAACCGAGAGUGAAGGCACGAAUCAUUUGAAAUGUUUAGCUUAUGUUAUACAACAUUCAUUUUUACGCUUCUUUAAGGCCACAAUUUUUCUUCUCUCGGCCUACGGCGUAAAAUAUUGCGAUAAAGAAUACCAGUUACACUGCUCUGUAAAUGGCAUUCGUGAACAUCCUUGAAGAAAUAGAGAUAUAUUCACAUGCACCCAAUGAGCUCAAAAUUUACUGAAUGAACAAACCGACAUCAAACACAAAAAUGCUGAAAACUUUAUUGAUACAAAGCAGGAAGAGAGAUAAAAUAAACAAACCAGAGCAUAAAUGGUUCAAAUGGCUCUGAGCAUUAUGGGACUUAACAUCUGAUGUCAUCAGAAAACAAACCAGAGAUAUUAAGUGACGCUUCUCCAUAGUAACAGCAAAAAACAGUACAUAACAAAAAUAUAUAAGCAAGAAAACAUCAUAAAUCAUAGUCCAUAUCAAAAUUACUACUUGUAAAAUAACAAUAAAACGUGAAAAUCUCAAAAAAACCAAAAGACAUUUCUUGUAAAAAACAUAAUUAGAAUAAACCCAAGAAAAUAAUGAAAACGUAGCCGAAUUUCCACACAUCAACAACUUCUGGUGGUAUCUGUGUAAAUAUGUAAUUUCUCUGAUCCAAGUUGUGAAAAAGGAAAAAAAAACUGACCAAUCAUAUAUCUAAAAGUCAGACGUAGAAUUACGAACACAAAGAACAUACAAGCGACGUGUAAGUACAAAGUCCAACAAAGACAGCAUGUGGCAGCAUCGAUAUUACAUGUAAGGUAAAAAUACCAGUCAUGUGUAAUACCUCUCCAAACAUAGUUAUAGUUCAUAAUAUCAAGGCUAUUGACUAUUAAUGUUUUUACAGAACGCAUGAGGAUGGCAAUAUGCCGAAAUGAGUUCAUUGUGAUUUACGCAAUAAAAAAAUAUAGAGAGCAAUAUAACUGCCGUAUUUUUAUCGAAAUUGAUUAAUUAUUGUUUAAAUAUUUCUUGUUUAUUUUAUUGCUUUAAAUAGUGCCUUCAGUAUUCAUCUAUUUAUCACACAAAAUCACAUUUUUUUCUGUGGUUAUUUAAAAUGGUUAACAUAAAUGAACAGUUGAAGAACUGAAUUUUACAUCCUGAAAAAUUAUACUAUCUCUUUAGCUGGAAAAUUUCCACAUGAAACUAAAUUCCAGGGUUUAAAUUUGCCCCCAAAAAAAGGUCUGCAAAACUGAUUAAUUUUAACUAACACUUCCAAGUGUUUUGUUGUAGAAAUAGAGUCUCUCAUCACAGCUGCCGUGAAGUUCUCCCCCGGAAUGAUGCUUUUGUUUGAUACAGAACUGUGAUCACUGGCUAUUGUAAAAUCGUCGACUUUUCCGCCUGUUUCUUGAUAUACAUCACUGACAUCUUCCUAUAUUCACCGAUAAAAAAAUUUCAUCAAACUCAGGGAAGUAAAAAACUGACAUGUUCCUGACAACACAUUUUGUACUAUGGUACCGUACUGAAGAAAACAGUUACGUCCUUCAUAAAGCAUGGUCUAGGAGAUCCUAACACCUCUCAGUAAUACGUGUCGACAACAAAUAACGAAGGUGAUAACGCAACCGACAGCAAACCAUUGCAAGGUUGGCAGUUUAAAGAGAAUAGAUGGGAGUAUAGCAGCACUCCGCUAUGGCUAACCUUGAAAAAUUUUCUCCCAGUCUGAGAGAUCAAACCUUAUUCAGAAAUUGUCUGGGCUGGGACCUAAGCCGUAAGACAAAUAAAGGAGAGAGACCAGCGAAAAAACUUUCACAGUUACAGAAGUUCUCUCUGCAUUCAGUGCUGAGUGCGGCUUUGUUGUGGCCGUACUGCUCGCCAAAUGUUGCUCAUUUUACAGUCCAAUAUCUUCGCUCGAUAAAGAACAGAAUUUCUUUUCGUUAUAUGUCAUAGGUACUGCGCUGCGUCAAAUUAAGUAUAACAUUGCACGAAAUUUUGAAGAGUUUCCAGAGGUCUAAAUGCAUUGCUUAAAUUUUGCGCAUGGCUUAUUUUACCUCGUACAUUGUUAUAUGUGAUAUGUAGAUAAGACAUCGAAAUUUUAUUUAAAUUUUUCAGCGGAACGAUACGGUAUUUCGUACUCAAGUUAAUGGAUUUUGUAGACAGUACUGCGCGAUGUGCCUAUUUCCAUCUCUGCACAUCGGGAAUCGUGUGGUCAUAACAACCGCAUAUUUCGUAAGCGGUUCAAGAUAUCAAAACGAGGAAGUAGUAGCAUGCGAAGAUACACCUAUGUUUUUUGAUAAAUACUCUAUACCUUUUUUAUUCAAAAAGAUAUGGAAGUAGCUCGUUCGCAGCAGGAAGAUUUUGGUGGAACAGGUCGCACAAACAUGACAAUAGCGCUUCAGGAAAACUCAGGGUUCCCGUUUAAACAUGUACUCAGCAUCCGGGGAGCAGUGGAACAUGACGAGUUAACUCGUCCACAGCACUUAAAUGAGCUAAUUUUCAGCCAUUAGAUCAGUAUUUUCUUAUAUCAUGACCAAUGUUGGUACUUUGGCACAACUGUAGAACAUCCCCCCCCCCCCCUCCCCCUUAAAAGCCGUGCGCAAAUGGCUGCUGGCUGCAGCCUGGGCAUACAUGUACAACAUGCACGAUCAUGGUUCCAUUUAUGAGGCACUGGCUGAAACUGGUCUGGGAAAAUGCUGAUCUCUCCUCCAGUUAAGAGCACGCAAAUUUGUUUUAAGGGCCAUUAAUUUAUUCCGUGAAUCAAUUCCUGCCACAACACCGUUCCACGUGAGUGACUGCUUCUUCAGUCAGUAACACAGCUCAUCAGAAUAAUGAUCACAAACUGUGACCUCCUACACACGAAUGCUCACAUUGUCCACCACUACCCAGCUCUCUGUAAGUGACAGUGGUGUUUCUGUCUCGAAAAGUUUAAUCAGUCAACAUCCAGGAAAAUCCACACUACUUUAUAAGAUCUUGCUUUAGUCAGCCAUCGAGAAGUGAAGAUGCUGUCUCUAAACGAUUUGUUACACCUUAGCUCACAACCAAGAUGCUGCAAUAUCACAGUUUUCGACAUGCAAACUAAUUUUACACUCUGCACAGUGACUGGUUGGAACGACUGUAAAUGGGAAAUGCUUUUACGGUUGUUCCCACCAUCCACCGUGCUCAGUGUCAACGUAGUUUGUGCAUGCAGUAUGCUCCUCAGCCAUUGGGCUUCUGAUGCAUUGCACAACAUUGUGACUUGCCAUGUGCCUGUUCGCUAUAAACGUUAUAACUGUAUUCAGAAGCCCUGUACUGUGAAUUAACAGUCAAAGUCAUACUCAGGGAAAUAGCGCAGAGGAGCAGAUGCAGGAAUCCUACUUCGCAGGUCUAGGCAAGCUCCUGGUGUAAGUGGUUUGCCAUUGCCUUCCUCUGACCUGUUCACAAGUGUCAGGUGCGUACCUGCGUACUCUGUGAUGAGUCCUUGUACAGUGUAGUGUUGCAUUUGUAUUGUCAUAGAUGAAGGGAAGAGAGAGAGUGAAACCCGCUCCUGCAAGAAGCCUACUCCUUUUGAAUAGCACUAAGGGGCACACCAAGCUUAACGUCCCAUCCAACUCGUGGAUGUCCAUCAGCAUUGUCACGUGCCCUCACUUCAUGAUAAACUGAAAAGAGCAGAAGUGAGAUUUAGAAUAGUGACAAUUUUCCACCACCAGGAUUCGAACUAUCAUGCUUUUGAAUUGAGUGCCACUGCCUAUACAUUGGUUAGUGACUUUGCCUACAGAGCUGGGUUAAUUGAAAGUAUCGUCAGAACAUAUAAGGAAAUGGUGGAAUCUUCAACCUCCAGUGGCCCAGUGGGCUAAUGCACUGCGACACUAUACCAUAGGUCGCACACUCGAAUCCUGCCUCGUACAUGGAUGUUUGUGCUCGUAUUUGUGUCUCUCCUUGUGUGUAACGUAAUUUUUAAGUGCCAGAAGUGACUUUUGUUGCCAGAACCAAUAUGUAAAAACUCAAGAUAAGAAAUAGGCCUACUAAACCGAAAAUCUUCCUGCUCCGCCGUAUUAUAACUUUCUCGAUUACUGCCAUCAAUAUGUUCAGAAAUUCAGCUUGAAAUUUUCGGGUACUCAGUCAUUGUUGAAGAAAAUACACGUAUUAUAUUUCGAAUUGGGAACAGCGCCCAAAAGCAGGAAGGUUGGGCAUCUCGCUUAUGGCUUUCACGGGACAUAUCAUGAAACUUAAAAAUCUGAAUACCCCACAGAAUUUGGGACAUAUGGCAACACUAGUCCUGAGUCAUGCACAAAUAGAAAAAAAUGUCCAGUAUUUAAAGCAACUAUUGAAAUAACACUUACUGAGUGUUAUGCAGUCACAGUUUGUGGUUUCCAGACUGGAAAAGGCUGUGAAUCCAUUACCAAUGUGCUUUCCAAUUUCAUCUCAAAAUACGUUUUCUUGGCAGCUCCGUGUAACAAAAAACUGUCAAUAUGCACCUCAAGAAACAAAACAGCAAAUGCAACUAGCGCACUUUAUCGAAAACACAUCGUUAGCAAGCAAGCACAUUGUCACCAUUUGAAAGUAAUGAAAUGGUUCACACCCUCAUUUCACAUAAUCAGUUGUGAAACACACACUAGAUGGUGAAACUGAUGUUAUUGUACUCUAGCAAGACAUUUACAAACCACUGUGGAUAGAAUUUUCAAUGCCAGAAACAAAUGAGUAUCUUCAGCACUAUCAAAACUUUUAUAUUAAAAGUUGGUUAAUGAAGCAUCAAAGUAUCACAGAGAAAUGCUAAGAGAGGGAUUCAAGACAGAAGUUUCUGCUAUUUUGUUGAUUUUCUUGUGCUAUAAACAUGCAUUAAGGUUGGUACGACUCCCUUAGGCCCAGCUUUCUGAGCCCCAGAUAUCUGAUACAUGGAGCUAACCAGCAUUUCCUGGCAUGCUUUAGAACUAGAUGCUACCUGUUGUUUGAAAACCAGCACUCAACAUCAACAAUUCUAAAUGAGUUUACUGUUAUUAAUUAAAUUCGUGUGGAAAACACUCUAAAUGCUUCCACACAAUUUAAAUUCUGUAUAUAAUAUAUUACUGAAAAACAUGUUUUAAUAUAUCUUUUGAGGUGGCUCUGCCUCAGAGCCUAUGACAAUGAAUCACAUUUGUUCUUGCCCACUACACAAAUAAUUAAUUCCAUUCUGCACUCUAUUAAAUUUUUAAUAGGGUAGCAUUUGCCAAAGGAAGAGUCAUCUUGGUUUUGGAUAUCAAUCAGAAAUUUAUUCAGUUUAUAUUAGUUGUAAUGUAAAUGGAAUAGCUUUCAUUCUUGGAUAAAAUUCAAGGAAUUUUAAACAAAUCCAUACUGUUCACGCCUUGUUACUGGAAUUGGCAGCCUCAGAGUUCCCUCUCACAAUUUAUUAUGCACAGAUGUGCUUGAAGUGCUAUUCAUAGUCUAAGCUUAUUUAUUCCUUUAGUAACAGUUAUAGUGGCAUGCAAGUAAGAAGGCAGUUGUGUUAUGCAUGCUGCACAGAGCGGGCUGGAGAAUACUUUGUGGCUUCACUUGCAUGUUCUCUGUCUAUGUCCUGUUCUUCACACUCAAGCUGUUGCCUAUUCUGGUAACAAAGCCACUGUUUCUGCCUGACUUUCUGUAGAUAUAUUUACAUGCUUUGAAAACUAUCACUGUCACUUCUUAAAGUAAUAAUUGACAUGUUUGCUUUAUGCCACCUGUAAUGAAUAAUACAGUGUCUAAGUAGCCUUUCCAUACCUGAACUGCAAUGAGAAUCAACACCAAAUGUUCUACUCACAUCCUGAAACACACAGGACAGACAGACAACACAGAAUUAUGCUAUUAGCCAGAGCACCAAGUGGUACAGUAUUCAUUGCUAUUGCAAAUAGCCCCACCACUCACCUUCUUACAUGCACACCAGGAAUGAACUGCCAAAUGCUGUGUCAUUCCUCUGUGCAGGUAGCGCCACUAUUCCAAUGUGAUAGCUUUAAUACACUGGCAGUUUCAAGUAUGUUAAGCAUUCUUGACUGCCAUCCUGUAAUGUGAUAUAUUACAGGAGACUGAAUUACAGACAUUUUGCAUUCUGUUUUUUGUGUAAUUGCAGGUGGUAGUCAACAGAAUAAUAGAUAUCAGUCUGAUUAUAUGGGGUAUAUUUUUCUGUAAUAGAUGCAAGUUAAGAAAUUGUGCAGUACAGUAUUUGUGGUCACCUGAGAAAACACCUGGAGCAAAGGCAUCCAACAGUAAGUGUAUCAAUUCACAGACAGAAUUCUGCAGUAGUGCGAACAGUUUCAUUGGUUUCAGGGUACUACUUCACAGCCUGUGUAGCUAUUAAAUAAUUAAUAAUUUUCUGGUAUCCAUCACUUGGUUGGAGCUGGAACUUUGUAACCCACAAUUAAUGUUAAUUAAUAGUGUAGCUCAACACUACUGGAUAGCUCAGUCAGCAGGGUUUGAAUCCUGGUCUGAUACACAGUUUUAAUCUGCCAAAAAGUUUCAAAGUAGCGUGAACUGCUAGCAGAGUAAGGAUUCACUUUGAUGAUGUGGAAUAAAAGGGCCUAGCUAUGUUCCGUGUUUGAGUCUACUGAAGAACUAUCUGUGCAGAAAGUCACAAAUUUCAUAGGUUUACCCUUAUUUCUUGUGCUAUUUGUUUACUAGCAGUGGCAGAGUUUUCAGCCUAUAAGGAGCUAAUGCCAGAAUCAUGGCCAACUGACUGUCAUCCUGGAUGGGGAGCACUGAUAUAUGUCCCAGUUUGUGAUACAAAUUGCUUUGCCACAGUACAGAAAAUUCUGCAAAACAUAAAUGCCAAUUCAUCACAACACUUUUAAACUGAAUACUUUGGAUGGAAUUGCAUUGCAUGGACAGUUGGAGCAGAACUACAUUCAAGAGGUGGUUACUAACACCAGUCCAAAAGGUAUGUGGAAGAACGCCAACAUUGAAUUGUGUAGGAUUGAAAGAAUGUUGUAAAUUUACACAAAUCAGACUGCUGUUUGUAUGUGAAUGAUUUCCAGUGUCGUGUUUCUCAUUGGUCUCAGGAGUACUAUAAUGAGAAUGGAGGAGUUUGUGAAAUUUUCUGUGAAUUUUUUGAAUAUUUAGUUAUCUAAAAAUGGAUUCUUUAGUUGAGAUAGCUGGUUCUAUAAUAUAGAACAGCAACUACCAAUUUGUGCAAUUUGUCCACUUUAUUAACUUAAAAAAAACACUUGUUUCCCAAGAUGUCCAUUCUUUUGUCCUCUUGAAAAAACUAAUUUGCAUGAGAAACAUUCACCAUCAGUUACAAACCUGGAUUUAUCCAGAGAAUCCCCGAAGUGUACCCCAGUGAAAACAGGAGAGAUUGCUUGAAACAACAUCUAACAACUGUGGUUGUAUUCACAGAACACAACUGAUCUCCAGUAAUUACUGUGACUAGAAAGCUUAGAGACUGAUGUCUCCUACUGCUAGAACUUUAUGAAGUUCAUACCAAAGCUAUUACUAAAUCUUAUGGAUGUGUUACAUGCCCUUAGGAUGAAAAUGACUAAUUUUUGUGUCAUGAACAUAUUUUGACUACUUCAGCCUGUAACACAAAACUAUAGGUUUUUUCUGUUAUGAGAGUAAAUUCUAGCAGUGACUGACAUGGCUGGAAUACAGCAAGAUUGUAGGAAGGUCAAUGUUGUGUUAAAUUUUCUCUUCUAGCUCCAGUUUUUUGCUGCUGUCAACACAUUUACUGAGUUUUAUUGAAGUACCUAAAAAAUAAUCUCAAUGGAUAGAUAAUAUCAUUAGCUGCUCACAUGCCUGAGACCUUUUGUUAGCAUCUGUGUCCACAGUGGAGUUGUUCUGUGUGCAGCCAUACGAGUCAAACACUUCAUGUAACAACCUUUUUCCAAUAUAUGGCAGGAUAUUAACACAGUUUUGUCAUUUCUAUAUAAUAUGAUGCUCUGAAGUCUGUGCAUCUACAGAGGACCAGAAAAAGGAGAUAAUAGAAUUCAGAACAAACAAGUAAAUGAAAAAUGUGUGGACUAGUUCCACUUACUUAAGGUGACAAGUAGCAUAAAUCAGGAUUAAUCUGCACUCUGAGCCUUGAAAUAUUGAGCCUGUUGUAAACAUUGUGUAACACUUGCAUGUAUAUAUAAAAGUCAAACUAAAUGAAAACAAAUCCAUUAAGGCAACAGGGGCAGUAUAAUGAGAAUGAAGACAAUCAGGUGCAUCAGGAGUGUUGCACUGUUGAAUCAGCUUAUUUGCUUCAUUAGAGCUGUUGUACUGAGGUGUCCAGUGUGUGUGUUUUGGUACUGAAGUGUCCAGUGUGUGUAUUUUGGGAGAGGAGGGGGUAUCUGUUUACAGAGAAAAGGUAUGUCUUACCAUUCAGUUAUUUGUAAUUGAUUGUGAUGUGGAAGAUGCAGCCACGUUUUUAAAAAGUUUGCUUAUGUAGAUUCUUGACAGUAUUGACAAAUAUACAGUGAUAUAUAUAAUUAAUUGUAACAAAAUUUAAUUUAUCAACAGAUAAAAUAAAAAUUAUAUGCUCUUUGUA